UCUGGGUGAAGGAGCUCCUGCUUCCAGUUUGUGAUGAUUGUCUGCAAUUUGCUCAACUGAUCCAGCUAAUGAUGGCGCCGCAGCUGCUUCUCCUCAUUGGCUGACAGAAGAAGGAUGGUGGGGCCAGGAUGCAGCUCUUGUCUAGCUUCACAAAUACAGCUGCCCGUGCUUCUUUUUAGCUUGUUUAUUGCGUCUGUGUUAAUCCUGGCUCUUUCCAAACUCCCCCUCCUCCUGUGUCUUUUGCUCCUCCCCUAUCCUUCCUCAGAGCCAACAGGCUGAUAUUUUCUGACUGAUGCCCUGCAGCACAACGUUCUUCUGCUCUUUCACUUUAUGCUUUUCUUUUUUGCCUUGCGAUGCAAACAAUACUGUGGGAUGGAAGUGUUUUGCUCUACAAAUAUUGACUUUUCUUUUUCUUUCCCUCUGAGAUUUUUUGCUCUGACAUCUUGUUUCCUCAAUCUUCCGUCUCAGCCUUUUGAUACUGUCUAAUCAACCCCCCACCGCUACCUCCACCCCUAUCCCAAAUCUCCCAGUUAAUGCUGUUUGACAAUGCUACCAUGCAUUAAUUGGCUUCAGCCUCUCCUUGCAUUGAUUUCCUCCUCCUUACUCACAAGAGGCCACAACUGCCCUUUUAGAUGCUUGUGUCCUGAUCACCAUACUGUAGACUGCACAAGCCAAGGCCUUACUAGAGUCCCAGACUCUAUCCCUUUGAAUGUUCGUCGUCUUCUCCUCUCCAACAACUGGAUUCCUUGGAUCCCCGCUGACUUCCUUGUUCUUUACACUGAUUUGGUCUAUCUGGAUCUGAGGAACAACUCUCUUUCGCAGCUUGAGCCUGGUACCCUAAGCACCGCAUCUAGAUUAGUCUUCUUGGACCUAGGGUGCAAUAAUUUGACAGAAAUCACUUCGGGAACAUUUGAGGAAUCAAGAAGUCUUAUCAAGCUGCGACUUGGAAACAACCCCUACCUGAACAUGGUGGGAAGAAAUGCUUUUAUGGGGUUAACGUCACUGAGGGAGUUGGAGCUGCAACAGAAUGCUUUCACAGUCCUAGAUGUUGGAGUUCUGGAACUCCUGCCUUCCCUGCGAGUGCUACGCCUGGAGGGCAAUCCUUGGCUUUGCAACUGCCAGUUUGCCAAACUGUUUGUGUGGAUGAAGGAAAACCAACACAAGCUCCCAUCAGGUAUCGAGGGGAUAGAGUGCUCCUUGCCCAUGGAUGGACGUCGCAUUCCUCUUAAUUUACUCUCAGAGGACAGCUUCAAAGACUGCAGUGGUGUCCUAACCCUUACGGACUACCUUAUUGUAAUUUUUUCUGGUAUUUCUGCCUCAGUCGCUGCAAUAGUGGCCAGUUUUGUCUUGGCUUCUACAGUGCAUUGCUUCCAACGGCUCCGCAAAGGCACCAAAACUGAUGAGGAAGACGGAAAUGACUAGUAUGCUAGAAAAUGAUUUAACACAAGCCUUAAACUGACAGAUUGUGCAUAUUCUACAAAAAUGUUGUUGCGUACGAGAAGCUUGCACUGGGAAAGUGAUAAUCAAAAAUGAACUUGGGAACUUUAAGGAAUUUUUUUAACACAAAGUGUAACAGCCAAGUUAUACUGUUCUUGGCACUAAAGCAUAAAUGGUAUGAGUGUGUCAAAAUCUUGCUGGUGUGUCUAGCAGAAACCACUAAAUGUCAAGUAUUUCAACACAAAAACACAAGAAGCUAUUGUACUGUCCAUUUCAGCUGCACUGAUAAAGGACAACAUAAAAACCUCAUACAGUGAUAAUAGAAAAACUUAAUCUUGAUCUUCAAAUAGACUACCAGUGUACUACCAAGAUUAUUUUUAAUCUUAGCAGAUCAGUCACACUUCCCAAAGAGUGCUAAAUUUUUGUUGCAGCACCCUUCAAACAGGACAACAUGAGUCAUAGAGCAAACCGACAAAAACUUUAGACGAGGGGUUGGCAUCCUGCGGUUUUGUAAAAUAACUAUUAUGUUCUAAGAUAGUCGUGGUGCCUUUAACACAGUCGGGAUGUGCGAGAGAGCAGCGUAAACACAUGGAGGGUAUUUUUGUAUUUUGGGGAGCAGGUCUGAACCAGGAGCGGGUCAGAACCAGGCGAGCUGCUCGUCCCUGAGCAGCUCCCCUGUGCUGACGACUACGGUUGGCAAGCAGUAAACAGGAAAGGUUUAUAAAAAUAAUUAAAGAUAAAAAAAAUAAAAUAACGGGCUGAGAAUUAGGUUUAAAUAAAAUCUAAAUGUAGACAUUUUCUAAGUAAAGUUGCGUGCGUCACCACCACGACUCCCGCCGGCGUGUAAUCCCAACAAUGUUCUGACCCAGGCAGGACAACGAUGCAGAAUUUGGAGGAAAUGGAAGUUCCUGGAGAAAACAAAAACGUUUAAUGUCACCUGGGCAGAUUUUUUUGCUUUCAAAAACUUUACCAGUAUGAUUACUGAGGAAUUUUUAAUGAGGAAUUAACAAACAACAAAGUCUCAUAUCCGGUGAGAAAUCCUAAAAUAAACACUCAGCUUUUGCCCAAAAACAUCCUGAUUCAGAUUAGAACAAAAGCUGUUUGUUGAAACAAAAAUGUAUUGAAGAAGCAGACUACUAGUUAAUUAAGAAAUAUUUGCUAGUUUUGUGGCGUCUUGGGACCAAAAAAUGAACAUCUCUUCACAAACUUUAGAAACAAAUGAAAUAUGCCAUUCACUGGAAACACCGGGUUUUCCAAAGGAUGUGUUUAACUUUCUUUGGGAAACUGAUCCAAGUGGCUCUUUGGGAGGAAAGGUUGCCGCCCCCUGGUUUAGACAGGAUUGUCAGGUUUGUGGGAUACUGGCCUAAGUAUUGCAGGAAAAACAUCUUUUCGCUUUUCAGAUCUUCCCAUGCGUGUUCAAGGAGUCGGGAGAGAUAAAAGCAGACCAGGAUUUGACCGGAUAAAGAUCCACAAAGUUUUAUUUCUCUAACAAAAGUUCUAAGACAAAUUAAAACAGAUAUCUUGGUUCUCAAUCUACAAAAUCUGCAAAUGCACAAAAGUUGCAUGCGACUUAGAAUGCAGGCAGAUGAGGACAAAGAACUUCUGGAAAGUAAAGUUUUUAUCAUGGCGACCGAAUCUCCUCCCCUGGACGCAUGGAUUCGUCAACAGCUGGACCGCCUGCUUCCGCCGGCCCAUAUGUGGAGGUCCCGUUUGUGGGUCUGCAAAAUGGUUACCCAUCGUCCAUAGUAAAUCAGCUCUGGGUGCAGAAAUUCCAUCGCAGGCACUAGGGAAAAGGUCAGCUUCUCCUUAGCAUGAGAAUGGUUUUAUAGCUCUGUUCCCAUGGAUGGUUCUCUAGACCAGUGUUUUUCAACCUUUUCUGAGCCACGGCA